CUACUUUCAGUUUUCAUCUUGGUUUUCAAUUUAUCUUUGCAACAACACACCCACAGAUUACAUCACUAGCUCUUGUUUACCCCACUUAUACGUACAGCCCUGCUCUAGGGCUUAAAUUUAUCUGGAAAUCCACAAGACAGACUAGACAGAUCACAGAGGAGCCCAUCCAGCUAAACCAAACACCGCAGAACUGCUGCCUGACUCACAGCAACCAUGAGUAAUAAUGCUGAUGAAGAUCAGAUCAAGGAUAAGCUGGAACAGUUGAAAUGUCAUUUUACAUGGGAGUUGGUCAUUCAAGACACUGAAAUACCUGAUUUAGAAAACAGGGUCUUGGAGGAGAUUGAGUUCCUCGACACCAAAUACAAUGUGGGAAUACACAACCUACUGGCCUAUGUGAAACACCUGAAAGGCCAGAAUGAGGGAGCCCUGAAGAGUUUGAAAGAUGCUGAAGAUUUAACCCAACAAGAACAUACUGACCAAUCAGAGGUGAGAAGGCUGGUUACCUGGGGCAACUAUGCCUGGCUGUAUUACCUUACGUAUCGAAAGGCAGAAGCCCAGAUUUACCUGGACAAGGUGAAGGACACUUGCAGGAAGCUUGCAAAUCCCUCCAGCUAUAGAAUGGAGUGUCCUCAGAUGGACUGUGAGGAAGGAUGGGCCUUGCUAAAAUGUGGAGGAAAGAAUUAUGAACGGGCCAAGGUCUGCUUCAAAAAAGCUCUGGAAGCAGACCCUGAAAAUCCUGAAUUCAGCACUGGGUAUGCAAUCACCAUCUAUCGCCUAGACCACCUUAACAAAGUAGCAGGUUUCGAUGGGCCAUUUUGUCUGAAUGCUCUAAAACAGGCUGUCAGGCUAAAUCCAGAAGAUGCAUAUAUUAAGGCUCUCUUUGCCCUGAAGCUUCAAGAAUUAGGACAAGAAGAUGAAGGAGAAAAGUACAUUAAAGAAGCACUGACCAAGGAGUCCUCAAAGACCUACGUCUUCCGACACGCAGUCAAGUUUUACCGAAGAAAGGGCUCUCUGGAUGAAGCUCUUCAGUUCUCAAAACUGGCCUUGAAGGCAACACCCUUCUCUUCUUUCCUGCAUCACCAGACAGGGCUUUGCUACAAGUCAAAAAUUACCCAAAUAAUGAAAGCUACAAAUUGGCAGCCUAAAGGAGAGGACAAAGAAAACAUCAGCAGACUAAUAAAAUUAGCCACAGGUCAUUUUGAAUUUGCUGUGCAACAAAAGCCCACAUUUGAGAUUGCUUAUAUAAACCUGGCAAAAAUGUAUGCAGAAGCAGGCGACCACAGCAAAGCAGAAGAUACUUUUCAAAGAGUGUUGUGUAUGGAAUCACUUGAAAAAGAGAUACUGCAAGAGAUACAUUUCCACUAUGGCCGAUUUCUGGAAUUUCAAAAAAAAUCUGAAGUGGAUGCGAUUAGUCAUUAUUUAAAAGCAGUACAAAUAGAAACGGCAUCAUUCGAAAGGGAUAAAAGUAUACUUUCUUUGGAGAAAUUGGUUUUAAAGAAACUUCGAAGAAAUGAGUCAGAUGCAGAAAGCUUAAGCAUCCUUGGGUUUGUCUAUAAAUUGAAAGGACAAAUGAAUGAAGCCCUGGAGUAUUAUGAGCAGGCCCUGAGGCUGGCUUCUAACUCGGAAAAAUCUGUGGGACUUGAUCCCUAAGCACCAAAAUGUGGACCACUCUCACACUUCAUUUGAUUUUUUUCUUUUUUUUUUUUGGCCACUCCCGUGGUAUACGGAAGUUCCAGACCAGGGAUCGAACUUAGGCCACAGCAGUGCCAACGCUGAAUCCUGAACUUGCUGUGCCACAGUGGAAACUCCUCAUUUGAUUUUAGGUGGAUAUAUACUAAUCAUCUUUUCUGCUAGCUGCUUUCAGAAACAUACUAUGUAAUUCACUGCAAUGAUGUAAUUUUUGGACAAUUUUUCAAACCUGAUAAAAAAAACAUUGGUUGUAUUUAGAAAAUAGGAAAACAGUGUAUAUUUCUGUGUGUGAGAAAAAGGAAAAGAAAGAAGAACUUUCUCUGUGAAUGUUACACUAUUGAAUAGAAAAAAUAGUUUGUUGAACAUAUUUGUGUGGCAAAUAAAACUCUGGACUUACAUAAAAUAAAA